AUGAUGGAGCGAGACAGCGAGAGACAUCAGGCCGAGUUGAAAGAAGAGCGAGCAGCGAACAAGACACUGACAUUGGCUAAUCAGCGCAAAGCUCAAGCCGUGCAGCGGGUAUCGAGUGAGCUAGAGAGCGCCCGGAAUCAAAUAUCGACGCUGCAAGGGCAGGUUCAGUUGGAGGCGAUCUCGAGGCAAUCGGUCACACAAGAGCGCGAUCGCCUUCAGCAACAGUAUCGAACGGACCAAGAAAACUGGAAAUCCGCACAGGAGCACCGCGACUUGCUGAAGAUGAGAAAAGCAGACGACUUUCGGAAGUUGGAUCUCGAGCUUCGACACUCGACUCAGGCUCUGUCACGAAUGCGCAUUGAAUGGGAGAGCGAGAAGACCCAACGCGAGAAAUCUGACGCCAGAUUACUCAAUCUUUCAGUCUUCCUAGAUAAAGAGGCGCGGACAAGCAAGGAUCACGCUCUUCAAAUUGCUCAUAGAGAUUUCCAGGCAUUGCAAAAUAGCUGCCGAGAGCAAGAGAACGCGAAACUGGACGCUCAGAGAUGA